CCUACAGACACCUGAGUGAGGUUCUCUGUUUGUCGGCCCAGAGCGAUUCCCGAGCGAGGUGCUUGUCUCACCCAAAUGAGGUUGUCCCUAAUGCAUGGCCUUCUUUCCAGGGAGCCCGUGGAUGAGGUGCUGCAGAUCCCCCCGUCCCUGCUGACAUGCGGAGGCUGCCAGCAGAACAUCGGGGACCGCUACUUCCUGAAGGCUAUCGACCAGUACUGGCACGAGGACUGCCUGAGCUGUGACCUCUGUGGGUGCCGCCUGGGCGAGGUGGGGCGGCGCCUCUACUACAAGCUGGGCCGGAAGCUCUGCCGGAGGGACUAUCUCAGGCUUUUUGGCCAAGAUGGUCUCUGCGCCUCCUGUGACAAGCGGAUCCGUGCCUAUGAGAUGACGAUGCGGGUGAAAGACAAAGUGUAUCACCUGGAAUGUUUCAAAUGUGCCGCCUGUCAGAAGCAUUUCUGUGUGGGCGACAGGUACCUCCUCAUCAACUCCGAUAUAGUGUGCGAACAGGACAUCUACGAGUGGACUAAGAUCAAUGGGAUGAUCUAGGUCUCUUUGGGGAGGUGUUUCACCGAAGUCGCUGUCUCCAUGGGGUCUUCACUUUUAGGCACUUUGGGGAUUUGAGGGUGGGAUGAGGCAUUUCUUAGGGGACCAUAGACCCUAAUUGGGCACAAGACACAGCAUCCAAGUGACAUAAUACAAAGAAUGAUACCUAAAUGACCAGCCUUUAGGGAGAACUUAUGGACAGUGGCCACAGCCUACCCAUAAUAACUGACAUGAGUAGUGAAGGAAAGGAGCAUUUGGGGAGGGGACAGCAUUUGUGCCAUGAUCAUGAUGGAACUUCAUAUCUACAGAUGGGGAGUUGUGGAAAGACGUGUUAGGACUUUGACCCUUGAAAACUAGAGAUGUGCAAUUGAUUUCUUUACUUCCUGGCUUUUAUGACAACCCUGUUCCAAUCACUGUCCCCCACACAAGGGAAGGACAGAGAGGAGAGUGGCCAUCCUUUGUUUCUUGGCUACCUUCCCAAGGCCUUAAGCUUUGGACCCAAGGGACACUGCAUGGAGACACAUUUCAGUUGAGAAUGGGAACUGCAACUUUUCACCAAACAAUUAUUUAAAGCAACACUGAUGAGUCGCUGUUUUUAGAUACGUUAGUUUUGAGGUGAGGAGUUCCACAGAUUGUUUCUAUACAAAUGUAAAUCUAAAAAAAAAAAAAA